GAUUCGCCAAUGAAAGAGUCCUCGAAGGGAUGACAAAUGAAGUAACGUGGAUUCUCGCGCCGGGAAUGGCCGCCAUGUGCGACGUAUAAAAGACCUUGCUUGGUUCACAGACCACCAACUUGAUCCGUUCUACCAUUCGUUUAGCAGCAUGAUCAACUCCACCCAGAAAGACAUCAUCAAAGCAACCAUCCCCCUCCUCGAAACCGGCGGCGAAGCCCUCGCAUCCCACUUCUACAAACUCCUCCUCGACGACCAUCCCGAACUUCGCCCGUUAUUCAACUCCUCUCACCAAGCGUCUGGACGGCAGCCGCGGGCAUUGGCAGGUGCGAUCCUCGCUUACGCCAAGAAUGUGGACGACCUCACCCCUCUCAAAGCCGCCAUCGAACGGAUUAACAAUAAGCACGUCGCACUCCAAAUCCUGCCCGAACACUACCCCAAAGUCGGAUCCUCCCUCCUCCAAGCUAUCCGCGAAGUCCUCGGUGCAGAGAUCGCGACCGAAGAGGUUCUUGCCGCAUGGACCGCCGCAUACGGUGAUCUCUCCUCCCUCCUCAUCGGCGCCGAGGAGAAGAAGUAUCAUGAGCUAGAGGCUGCGCCGGGGGGGUGGCGUGCGGCUCGUUCGUUUCGCGUGGUCGAGAAAGUGGGGGCGUCGGAGUCUAUGACUUCGUUUCUCCUCGAGCCUGUUGAUGGGGAAGAGGUCAUGGAGUGGAAGGCGGGGCAGUAUAUUGGUCUGAAAGCUGUGGUCAACCACGUUGAACACCGCCGCAAUUACUCACUCUCCUCUACACCUAAUGGCCGGACGAUCCGGAUUAGCGUCCAACGCGAGCCGCACGGUGUCUUUUCCAAUUACCUUCACGAUGAGACGGUGGUUGGUGCGACCAUCGACGUGUUUCCCCCCGUCGGGGACUUUGUGUUGAACCCAAAAAGAAAGGGAAACCCGGUUGUGUUGAUUAGUGCUGGGGCGGGGAUUACGCCCAUGGUACCGUUGGUUGAACAGGCAUUGAAAGAUCGGCCGGUGGUGUUUGUGCACUGCGCACGGUCGGAGGCUUCACACCCCUUCCGCGCCCACCUCGCACAACUCGCUUCCACCCACCACUCGUUGACCGUCCAUUCGGUUUACACCUCCUCCAAUGAUCGUCUGUCCUUAUCCCACCUCCAGAAGUGGCUCACUCCCGAAACACUAAGCGAAGCAGAUUUCUACUUCUUGGGUCCGAAGGGAUUCAUGAAGGAUGUUAAGGGGUGGUUGAAGCGGGAUUUGGGGGUUGAGGAGGAGAGGUUGUUUUGGGAGUUUUUUGGGCCGGCGGAGGAGUUGGACUAGAUGGGCAUGAUACAUGAAUUGUCAGUAGAGGAUUAGACAAUGAUACUCGGGUUAUAAACGAGCAACAUUUGACGGCUUCAUCAUUCAUUGCCUUGGGUUAAUCGGGGUUUAUGAGUUGAAGGACAGUUACUUGUGCGUGUGUGAUCGCGAUCAAGAUCCGGAACUGCAAUCACGUAUAUGGAAAGGAACUUUAAUAACGUGCCUAAGGUACAUUUCCGACCACG